AUGGGCGUAGAAUCGGAACCUGUCUUGACACGCCCUUGGGCGUUACCAGAUGACCAAGAUCUUCAGAACACGCCAACCUUAUCCACAAAACCCAUCGAGACGACAGCGAAGGCGGCAUGUAGCGCUGAGGAUUUUGACACAAUUCUGUCAUGGAAUGACACAGAGCACUCUUUCUAUGAUGAGUGCCUCCAUUGGCAUUUCGAGAAGCAAGCUACCUCGCAACCCGACUCCCCAGCCAUCCUAUCUUCUCAUCAGACUUACACCUAUGGGGAGUUGGAAGCCACGACUGCGCGCCUCGCCAAAUACCUCUCUCAAGAGUGUGGUGUAGGGCCGGAAGUCAUUGUGCCGGUUUGCUUUCCUAAGUCGGCCCUGGCCAUUGUUGCCAUGCUCUCAAUUCUCCGAGCUGGGGGUGCUUAUACUGCACUCGACCCGAAGUAUCCCGAUGCACGAAUCCAGCAGAUUCUGCAACAGACCCAAGCAACGACGGUUUUGGCAUCUCCUGAUUCCGUUAACCGUUUCGAGGGACUGGUGCAGAAUCUGGUGCCCAUCUCGGAGGAGCACCUCCUCACAUUACCCAAAGACACAGAUGACCAACCGCUUCCUUCUCCCGAUAGCAAGAAAGCCAGCCCAAAAAAUGCUUGCAUCGUCGUCUUUACCUCGGGUAGCACGGGUACCCCCAAAGGCAUCGUCCUAGAGCAUAGGCACAUGUGUGCCACCGCCCAUGAGCACGGCCGGGCCUUUGGGAUUCGCAAGGGGCUUCGUGUGCUGCAGUUCGCUGCCUACACAUUUGACAUGGCCAACUCGGACAUCUUCUGCACCCUAUUCCACGGAGGCACCAUCUGCGUCCCGUCAGAGAAUGAGCGCAUGGACGACCUUGCCGGCUUCGUGGCGCGGUUCCAGGUCGAGUCAGCCAAGAUCACCCCGUCCCUAGCCGGUCUGCUCACCCCAGCCGACAUGCCAAGCCUCAAGACCAUCAUUCUGGGAGGUGAGGUUGCCUCCAAGGACCUACUGGCCCGCUGGGCGGACUAUGCCCAGACGAUCAUCAGCUAUGGUCCUGCGGAGUGCGCCGUGACCUCGGCAAGUCAUGUUUACGUGAAGGGGGCCGAUGCCGGUGUCAUCGGCAGAGGUUUCGGUACACGACUAUGGAUUGUAGACCCCCAUAGCUGCCACGUCAUUUUGCCUAUCGGCUCCGUGGGUGAACUCCUGGUCGAAGGACCCAACGUCGGCCGAGGAUACCUGGCCAACCCUGAGCUGACGGAGCAGUUCUUUGUCGGUGCCCCUGACUGGUGCAGCAACAAAACCAACAGCCAGGGCGAGCCGCGGCGAUUCUACAAGACGGGUGAUCUGGUCCAGUAUGAUUCCGACGGCGCGGUGCGCUUCGUCGGCCGCAAGGACUCGCAGAUCAAGUUGCGCGGCCAGCGUCUCGAACUCGGCGAGGUGCAGCACCAUCUCAAGGAGGCUUUUCCCAAGGCCGUGGCAGUCCUCCCGGCUAUGAUUGCACCCCAUGCUCUUGGCGCUGCCAAGAGUCUCGCAGCUUUUGUCCAAUUAAGAGACGGUGCCGGCAUCAUUCAAACCAAAGAAGACAACAUUGUCGCAUCUCACCUUUUGGGGACGGAUGAAUGGCAAGCCAGCGUCAAGGCUGCGCAUGAACUACUGUCGGAGGCUCUGCCCUCUUACAUGGUCCCGGCGCAGUUCAUCCCGGUGUCCCAAAUGCCAACAAACGCAUCUUGGAAGACCGACGUGCGGCGCCUGCAAGAGUUGGCUGCUGACCUCCCCCUGGACGUGUUGACUCUUCUGGGUUCUUCCCUUUCACUUCCGUCCACCAGCCAAGAGUCCCUGACGGAAACGGAACUCAAACUACAAGAGCUUUGGGCCACCGUCCUUGGCCGUGAGUCUGGCCAGCUAGGUCUUGAUGACAGCUUCUUCCACAUUGGCGGCAAUUCUCUCGAGGCUAUUCGCCUCGUCGGCCUCGCCCGCGCCCAAGGUCUGGACUUGACGGUCCAGCAGAUUUUCCAAAGUCCCAAGUUGAGAGACCAAGCCGGCUUGCUCAAGCCUCGUGCCGAGAUUGCGUCAGAAGGGGAACCCAUCCCUCCACUGUCGCUGCUCAACCCAGAGACGGAUCGCGAUACGGCGCUUCAGUAUGCUGCCAAGCUUGCCGAUGUCGAGCCGAGCCAGAUCGAAGACAUCUUUCCGUGCACACCUCUGCAAGAGGGCCUGCUGGCCAUGACUGCUCAGCGUGAGGGAGAUUACGUUGCGCGCAGCGUGUACCGUCUUCCCGCCUCGACUGAUCUAGAUCGCUUCAAGAGAGCGUGCGAGGAGGUAGUAGCCAAGGCACCAACCCUGCGCACGCGAGUGGUGAGUCUCCCCGAUGAUGGGCUGGUCCAGGUCGUUGUCAACGAAUCUUUCCAAUGGGGUCCCGUCCUGGACAUGGACUCUGCCUCUUCUCUCGAGUGCCAGAAACCAGGCCAGGUUCUCGGAUCAGCAUUGUCCUUCUUUGCUCUGGCCGAAAGCGCCCGGGAGGCGGCGACGUACUUCGUGUGGACAAUCCAUCACGCGCUCUAUGACGGUUGGUCGGCGCCCCUCAUCUUAGACGCGAUCGAGCAGGUGUACAGCGACGGCCAGUCACCAGUCUUUGCCCCCUUCCAAGGCUUCGUCAAGCACGUUCUCCGGCAGGACAAGACAGCUGCCGAGGACUUUUGGCGAGUCCAGUUCGACGGCGGCGACGGCGCCGUUUCCUUCCCCGCUCUCCCCGACCCCUCAAAGGUGCCCCUUGCCGACACCGUCAUGGACCGUCUCGUGAGCCUCACCUGGAUCCGCAGCAACACCACACCCGCCACGGCUGUCCGCACGGCCUGGGCUAUCCUGCAAUCCCAGAUCUCCGGAUCCAAGGAUAUCGUCUUUGGCGCAACCUUGACGGGCCGGCAGGCCGAUGUCGCUGGCGUGGAGCGCAUGACGGCGCCAACCAUCGCCCCGCUUCCCGUACGAGUGACGCUACAAAAUGAUCAGAAUGUGCAGGAUAUGCUGCAAUCGAUCCAGCAGCAGAUGGUAAACAUGCUUCCCUUUGAGCAGUUUGGCGUUCAGAACAUCAAGCGCGUGUCCGGCGCUGCUCGCGAUGCUUGCCAGGCGCAGACGCUCCUCCUGAUCCAGCCCGCCGGUCAAAACCUGUCGCUGAGGCAGAACGGCCUCAUGUCUCACGUCUCUGGCUUCGUCCACGAGACCAAGUCCUAUGCUCUCACGCUCUACUGCUACCUUGAGGCCGAUGGCGUGCACAUCUAUGCCGUAUUUGACUCGUCGGUGAUCAAGGAGGAGCGGGUCUCCAGGAUUCUGGGACAGUUUGAGCACAUCUUGAAGCAGUUGAGCGACGCAGAGAAGCUUGCCUUGAAAGUCUCUGAUCUUGAGGUAGCUUCCCCUCAAGAUAUGAGAGACAUCUGGCGCUGGAACGCCCAAGUCCCCCCGACAAUGGACCGCUGUGUGCACGACAUGAUAAUCAACCGCGCCCAUCAACAGCCCGAGGCAGACGCCAUCCAUGCAUGGGACGGCGACCUGACAUACGAACAGCUGGAUACCCUGUCAUCGACGCUGGCUCGCCGUCUUAUCCAGCUCGGGGUCGGUCCAAACAUGAUUGUGCCCCUCUGCUUCGAGAAGUCCAUGUGGACUCCCGUGGCUGUGAUGGGCGUCAUGAAGGCUGGAGGAUGCUCUGUCCUGCUGGACGGCGGACAGCCAGAGCAGCGCUUGCAGACAAUCGUGCAGCAGGUCGCACCUAGCGUCAUGAUUGCCUCGGCCCUGCGCAGGGAUGAGCCAUCUAGACUCUGCGCGUCCGAGGAACUGAAGGUGGUGGUCUUGGACCGGCAGGCUCUCGACGAGCUUGAGGCUACUGACGUCCCAGCGCCUCUUCCCGCAGUGCCGACGUCUAGCUUGCUGUACCUCGUCUUUACUUCCGGCAGCACCGGCCUGCCCAAGGGAGCCCAAGUCACUCACUCUAACUACGCGAGUGCUCUGCACUACCAGGGCGACUUCUUCGGCUACCAGACCACAUCUCGCGUGUACGACUUUGCGUCCUACUCCUUCGACGGCGCUUGGUUCAACAUGCUGCAUACUCUCGAGGCCGGUGGGUGCGUCUGCAUUCCUCUGGACGAGGACCGCAGAAAUGACCUGGCCGCCUCGAUCAACCACAUGGGGGCCAACAUGCUCAACCUCAAUGCCACGACCCACCGUCUCCUAAACCCGGCGACACUCCCGGCCGUAAACAACCUCAUUUCUUUGGGCGAGCCGAUCCGCAAGGAAGAUGUCGAGAUCUGGACACCGGGAGUCAUCAAGCAGGCCUACGGCCCCGCUGAGUGCACCCCCAUCUCGACCGCCCUGCGCGGGAAGGCCGACGACCAGCCAAACGUCGGCAUCGGCAGCGGUCUGGGCUCCCUCACCUGGGUUGUGGACUCGGAGACCGGCCGACUGAUGCCGCCAGGAAUCACGGGAGAGCUCUGGCUUGAGGGCCCCAUCGUCGGCGCCGGGUACCUGAACGAAAAGGAGAAGACGGCGGCCGCUUUCGUCCAUGACCCGGCGUGGCUGCUUAGGGGAGGAGGCGGCGUUCCAGGCCGCCAGGGCCGUCUCUACAGAACUGGCGACCUCGUGCGACAGCUCGACGACGGACCUCUGGUGUUUGUCGGACGCAAAGAUACCCAGGUCAAGAUCCGCGGCCAGAGAGUCGAGCUGGAAGACAUUGAACACCACCUCCACCGCGUCAUGGUCUCUCGGCACGAGAACGUCACCCUGGUUGCCGAGGUCAUCAAGCCGGAGGGCCAGCAGCCCAUCCUCGUGGCCUACGUCGCUCUCUCUUCCCCGGGCCAGGUGUCCCUGGAUCAUAUCCUCGCCUCCCUGGUGGUCGGGGAGCCCGGCAAGGAGUUGGCCACCGCGCUUCCCGCGCAUCUCGUGCCCACGGCUUACAUCCCGCUCGAGCAAAUUCCGCUCACGAUGACGGGCAAGACGGACCGCAAGCGCCUGCGCGAGAUGGGAGCCGCGAUGACGCGGGACCAGCUGGUCGCCCUGCACGAGGCGCAUUCGGGUAUCGCCUCGAGGGAGCCGUCCACCCCGGAGGAGCUGCAGCUCAGGGAACUCUGGGCGCGGGUGCUCAACCAAACAGAGAUCUCAAAGAUCAGCGCGGAGAGCAACUUCUUCGUCAUCGGCGGCGACUCCAUCCAGGCCAUGCGCAUGGUGGCCCUGGCCCACGAACACGACAUGCGCCUGACCGUGGCCGACAUCUUCCAGAGUCCGCGCCUGAGCGACAUGGCGAAGCGGGUCAAGACGGUGCAGAAGAAGGAGUCGGCGUACUCGGAGCCGCAGCCGUUCACCCUGCUCUCCGAGGAUGACCUGGCAGGGCAAGAGCUCGGCGUCUUCAUCAGAGAGACGAUUGCCCCGGCCGUCGAAUUCCACCUCGAGGACAUCCAGGACGUCAUGCCGACGACGGCCACCCAGGCGAUGUGCGCCGACGCGGCCAUGCACGACCCGGCACAGGGGUGCUUCAUGGUCCACGUGGACGUCCCCGAGCGCGUCUCCCUCGACACGAUAGAGGAGUGUUGUCAAAAGGUCUGGAACCACCUCAGCAUCCUGGCCGCCGUGUUUGUGACGCCCGGCGAGAGGAUGUUGCAGGUGAUCCCGCGGAACUCGGCGGCGCCGGUCGAACGGCACCAGAUCGGCGACGCACAAGACAUGGAAGGCUUCGCCGCGGACGUCUUCCACGCCGCGCUCCAGCCCGCCAUGGUCCCGGGGUCCCUCUACACGCGGUUCUACGUGCUGCACGGCGCGGGCCAUUCCACGCGCUGGGGCCUCCGGCUGUCCCACGCCCACUUCGACCGCACCAGCCUGACGCCCAUCCUCGACUGCUUCGCCGCCAGCCUGCAGGGCAAGGUGCUGGCGCCCAUGGCGCGCUUCUCGGGCUUCGUGGGCUGCGAUGCUGGCGCACUGGCGCGAGGUGCUCCGGGGCUCGAAGCCCCUCGCGCUGCCCCUACGGGGCAGCCCGCCGAGAUCGUGUCCAUCAAGCGCGCCAUCCGGGCCCCGCCCGCGGUCGAGGGCUUCACGGCGGCGAACCUGUACGUCGCGGCCUGCGUGCAGGCGCUCGCGCAGCUGCGCGAUACGGACGACGUGGUGACGACGAUGACGGUGUCGGGCCGCUCCACGCUCCCGCCCGCGCUGGCCAACGUUGUUGGCCCGACCGUCAACAUGGUGCCCCUGCGCGUGCGGCUCGACGCCGGCAGGACAUUCAGGGGCACGCUCGAGGCAACGCGGCGCGCGCAGCUCGACGUGCUCGGCUUCGAGACGAGCACGGCGGCGCCGCUGUUCGAGGCCUGCACGCCCGAGGCGACGUGGCGGCCCGAGGAGCGCCGGUCGACGUACAUCGUGCAGUUUCAGAACCCGGAGCCGUUCACGGUGGACCUGAUGGGCGACGGUGAGUGCUGCCAGGAGCUCGGCUGGUUCGGGCCGGACAAGGUGUGGGAGCACUCGGAGGAGGUGUGGCUCAUCGCGCGGCCGGACCCGGAGACUGAGACGUGGAACCUGUGGUACAGCGCCAACACGGUCAACUUUAGCCUGGAGAGGUUAGAGGAGCUUAUCCAGGAGCUGGAGGCGGUCGUCGAAAAGACUAUGAAAGGCGCGGCGAAAUGA